GUGGUGAUUCGGUGUCGCGAGUGUUUACGUUAAGGAUUAUUUAAUUUUUAUAUUUCCAAGUUCCAAUACAAAUACAACAGUGGCUUAUUAUUAAUGUCUCAUUUGCUAUUCAACGACGAAAAAAACUCCGUUUUGAAAUCUUAAUUCGUUCCAAAAAUAACGUGUCCAGCAUGCAGGAGCUGCGAGUGGAGCUCACUGCAGUUAGAGAUUUGAAACCUUCCAUGAAAAAUCUAAAUAUGAUUUUCAUUGUUCUUGAAAUCGGUCGACCAAAUGUUACAAAAGAUGGACAUGAAGUGAGAUCUUGUAAAGUUGCAGACAAAACUGGGUCCAUAAAUCUCUCUGUUUGGGAUGAACCUGGUAUUUUGCUGCAGCCAGGAGACAUUCUUAGAAUAUCGAAAGCAUAUGUCUCAGUGUGGAAAAACUGUCUGACACUAUAUAUGGGAAAAGGUGGAGAUAUCCAGAAAAUUGGAGAAUUUUGCAUGGUGUUUGCUGAAUUACCCUUCAUGAGUGAACCUAACCCUGACAUUGCAACACAGUUGGUUGGAGGAACAAGUGGGCCUGGAAGUCAACCAAUCAGUCCAGUAGUGAACGCAGCUCCUGGCGUAGGACCUCGACCACCGGGGAAUGGAAGGCAACAAAAUGUAAAUGGCGGGACAUGGCCGUCAACUGCCCCUGCUCCAGGGGCGAUGGGUGGUAAUGGUUCCAUUCCGGCUCCAUUUCCGAGAGGACCCGUACCGCCUGCCAAAGGUGGAGGUAAAAGGGAUCCAAGGAAAAGAUGAUGUAAAUUCAAGCUUACUCAUAAAUGUUGUAAUAAAACUUGUUUUGGAGUAAGCAAA